GUUACCCCAGAAGCUCCUCGUAGUAGUGAAGCGGAGCAGUGAAGCAGAGCAGUUGGCUGAAGGAGAUCAGAGUCGUGAGUGUGAUCACUUCUUGUGACGAAAAUAUACAGUUAUGUUUCCCCAUGCAAGAAGGGAUCCGGAAGAGCCCAAAGGGCCUGAAAGCAUGCAAGCGGUGGGAGAGCACGUAGUAAUUUAUAACUCAGACGACGAAGAACCAGAUUGCUGUGUUUCACUGAGUAAUACUCAAGAACAGAGUUCAUCAAGUGAUUCACCUGGAAAGAGAAGUCCCAUAGAACUGUUUGUAGAUGUGGGGGAAAAAGUAGAGGUUAUUCUUGGAAGAAUUGGAGUUGACAUUAACCGUACUCUUACUGCUAAGAGACUAAGACUGGAAACAAAUACUCAGAAGUCUUUUGAAGGAAUUGACCAGAAAAUGGAACAAGUUUGGAACUCACAUGAAGAUGCUGUGGUAGAGCUUAACGAAGAGUUUGCUCAGGCAUUUGCGAAUCUGUUUGAGCAAUGGAAUUCGGAUUUUCAGAACUUGCGGGAAAAAUAUGUAAAACUAAUGAAUGAUUUUCAACAGGAAGAAAAGGCUUUUCAACAGUGUAGACUCGUUCAGAGCAAGAGACUGAAAACAAUUAAACAAGUACAUGAACAGUUCAUAAAGAAUUUGGAGGAGGUAGAGAAGAAGAACGACUGUCUGCUUAUGAAUAUCCAGAAUGAACUUAAAGAAGAAAUGAACACGCUGCAAAGAAAAAUUAUAAAAGAAUCUCGUCAGCAAGAGAUGGUUGCCCUUCACCAGUCUGUCCAGUCCAUGCUGCGUCCUAAGGGAUGCGGUUCAGAUGCUAGCAAAUAGUCGUAGUUUAAGAUAAAUUCUAGUUUAUAUGGCAAGGUCUUUAGUCAUUAGCUUGUUCACCUUGUCUUACAUUAUUUUGAAUAAAAUCCAGUUAUGUCAGUAUCAACUAUUCUUGUAUGUCAAGGCUUUAACUCUUUUGUAA